UCAACAUCGAUUACGUUGACGCCGGUCGAGUUUCCGCUUAAUGGUAUAAAACCAGCAUUACCAAGGAACACAAAUGCUACUUCGAUUGGUGUUUGUGCACCAUCUUCAACUACUUCCAUGGUUGAGUUAAAACUUGGAUCCGUAGUAGCCAGUGUCGUUAGCAGCAAAAUGACCAAUGCGAAGGAAGAAUUGCAUUUCAAAUAUGAGAAGAACAUAAGUGAAGCAAUGCAUAAGCAUGAAGGAGAAGCAAACAGUGAUGUUGGCAGCUUCGACAGUGGAACAGAAAGUAAAGAUCAAUCUACAGGGAGAGCUGCAUUGUAUACUUGCUUUAUCUGUAAAACGGAGAUGUGUUCACGGACGAGACCACUUGACAGGAGUCGUGCGGCACAAUAUAGCGUCCCAGAAGCAGACGUACCGCCUGGUGCUCGGAUUUGUAACAGCUGUCAAUGCAAAUCGGUAAAAUCAAGGUACACCCAGUGCCCUUUACCGACAUGUCCUAAUCCAAAGGAUCGUGUCAAGCGUUUCCGCAAUCUACCAGCACGGUUGUUUGAACUUGCCCCCGAUGUUCGGGAUCCAAUCAUCGAAGAAUUUCAAAUACCAACUAACGUAACUAAAUGCUGCUCAGCAUGUUUGACACGCAUUCGGCGCAAGAUGGGCUCGCAUUUGCUUGGUAAUACAAGUAUGACCGAUGAAGAGGCAGUUAAGUUCAAAGAGCUUCUUCAGGAUCAUGGACCACAAUGGAAUCAGCUAGCAGAUUUGCUUUCCAAGCCACCUGCAGUACUUAAGAGCUGCUACUUCCACUACAAAAAAAAUUACGGCCUCGAAGUAGCUAUAAGCGAAUAUUACAAGCAACAUCCUAACGAGGAUCGAAUAGCUGCAUUUUCUGAUGGAGAUGAUUCCGAUCUGAGCGGUGGAACUUCGUCAUCCGAUGAGCUUGAUGCUAGUAGCGAUACGACGGCAUCUGCCGAAAGUCCUACGAGCGGAAACAAUGGAAGCAUCGAAGUUCCACAGAGAAAGGUGAAUGCAGCUGGUGCUGGAAACAUGGCGGUUGCAUCUUGCAGCACUUCUGAUGUGAUGGCUAUGGCUACUGGCAAUACUAACAGCCCUGAGGAAUUGAUAAGAGACUCUGUUGGCACGAACGUCGCCGUUAAUAACAGUGUAAGCGGAAUUUCGUCAUCGUGUGACAAAGCAAGCAUAGUGAAGGAAUGUGGAGUAGUGCUGAACGUGGCAGGACCUGGAGUGAACGCGGGAAAUACUAAUAGCAACAAUGGAAAGAGUAACGAUGUAAACGUUUCGCUAGCUCCUCCAACGAAAACAACAAAUGCUGUGUCCUCCGUUUCAUCAAUAAAUAUAGCCUUCGAGGAUGAUCGAUUGCUACCACCGGGCCAACCGCAACCAAGAAAAUCCCUAAGACAAACUGAGGAGUAUGACAGUUCGGCGACGGAGACCGCUGAUGAAGAAAACGAAUCUUCCCCGGCUAAUCGUCAAAGUCCCAAGGUUGCGCAGCAUAACCCUUUAGUAUCACAUACGCAUUAUCCUCCUCCAUUGCAUCACAAUUCUAACUUCUCGUUGGGACACAAUUCUGCUGCACAGGGAUAUCAUUCCCAACCCAAUGGUUCACGUGCGGUAGUUACUGCGAAUGAUAUAAGUGGCUCGCCCCAGAAUGUACGCGAUGUUAUGCUAAAUGUUAUAGAGCGCUCUCUUAAGAGCAAUCCAAACGUUCUGGGUGGAAAAUCUCUGACAUCGGGGCUACGUGACCUGCAGUUUGGCACUGCAUCUGGUCCACCAACAUCUUCAUCGUCAACCAGUUCGGCAACAGUCGUGUGCGACUAUCGCGACUCCACAAAAACACAUAGCUGUACAACACCGGUGGUUUCAGUUAUAUCGGAAACAAAUGUGUCUUCGGCUCCAUCAUUAUCACAAUCGGCCGUACCUGGCCCGCAUCAGCAGAUUUCGAUGCCAACAGUAUCAUCCCUAGGGAUUGCAAUUAUACAUUCCCACGGUCAGAUAGUUAAUGAACUUGCUAGUACGCAGCAAACACAACAUUCAACGAUCCCAGCACCGCUCUCUGGUGGAAGUCCAACGGCACACAAUCCGCUGAGUCAUCCUUUGGGCGGUCAAAUUCCAGCCACAAUUACACCAAUUCCUCACCCGAUUCAUCAACCGUCACCGCUGAUGCGAUCCAAUGAAGAACCACAAACAUUGGAUCUAAGUAUCAAGAAAACGUCAAGAUCGGAUGCUACCGAACGAGUUGCGGUGCCAACUACAAAGGCAGCUCUAGAAAUAAAUUUUCCUCCACCAUCAGCCCAUAAUCAAAACACCAACAUUCUUCACGGUUCGAAUUCUGGGGCAAACAGCAAUGGUAACAGUACUAGUAGCAACAGCACCAGUGGUCACAACAUUAUCAGCAGUAGCAGCAGCGCUCUCGGCAACAAAUUCCUCCUAGGCCCAACUUCAUCAAACUCAGGGGUUGGCGGUGCGGGUUCAGCUACCGUAUACCGAACGGAUAGUUCGGUCGUGGGGCCAAACAUUCCACAAGUGCCACCCGGCUCUUCUGUAGGAUCUGCUGGGGCCGCGGCGUACAUCGGCUAUCAUCCAGGUGUUGUGGGAUCCGCGUCAGACGUUAUGGGGCGACCGUUGACAAAAUCGCCUUCUGGCACAACAGCGUAUCUGACCAUUCCAUCACCUGGUGGUAGCGUGAUUCCGUUACAAGCAUCUGGACGCCAAUCGACGAUAUCGUCACUGACCCCACCACCAUCUACACUCCUACCUCCGGGUAGCAGCGGUGUAUUGAAAGGGAAAACCACGUCGAAGUUGAGUCCGAAAAUGCCCCCUAGUGGUGGUACAACUGUAGGAACCAGCGGUAGUCUCGGUAGUUCCGGUUUGGGAACGAAAACUGGAUCGAUCACACACGGUACGCCAGUAAAUAUAAGUCAUUCACCGCAGCAGCAAUCACAAAUCAUCCAAGGACAGUUACCAUCCGGUACUACAACGCUUAGCCCGCGGUACGAAAAUCAUUUUUUGCGUCAAACUCCCCCCUCUUCAUCCGGUGGAAAUGGUGGCGUAUCUAGCGGCCGACCAAGUAGUUCCUCUUCGCCGGUUAUUGCGAACGAAAAGUUCGUUGGUUCAAUUACUCAAGGAACGCCUGUUCAUGGAGGAGGCGGAUUGCUUCCGGAUAAACGCAGCUCUCAAGGGGCCGCUAGCGCAUACGACUACAAAUUGGCCAAUCGUCAGAGUCCGGCCCAAACAAUGCCUCCUCUUAGUGGUGGUGGAACACAUGUUCUACCGACACAAUUUGUUCCUUACGUCGGACGUAGCGGUAGUGGGGGUGGUACGGGUGGUAACAGUGGAAAUGAACCUAGUGGCGCCUCCACCAAUGUAGCCGCAUAUUCUCCAUUAGAUCCCACAUCGCAGCAACUGAGUUCCCGGCAGAUCAUAUUGAACGAUUACAUUACAUCGCAGCAAAUGCAAGGUCGCAGUGGAAGUAGCGGCGGUUCGGGUUCGAUCGGGCCUACAGGGAUGCCUUUGGUUGUUGCAGCAAGCAGCACUGGUCGAUUGGAUAAAGAAUCCCCUAUGUCGCGAAGUGCAGCUGGAGGGCCACCACUGUUACCUGGCUCAAUAUAUGGACUCGUUGGCAGCAGCGUUGGACCACAGGGUGUCUUAAGUAGGCAAGGUGGUAAUAUCGACUACCGUAGCCGUACUUCGCCAGCAGCUGACCACGUGAACAGAAUAUCCCCGGUUUACAGCAACACGUCUAGUCCACAUCGAACACCACCACCACCCCAGCGACAAGGAGUCAUCCAACGUCACAAUACCAGCAGUAAUAGCAGCGGCGGCAGCAGCAGUAUCAGCAGCAGCAACAAUGGCGGAAAUAAUGGAGGCGGCAAUAGUAGUACUAACAUAAUCAGUGGUAGCUCCUCCAAACCUCCGAGCCCGGCUCCAAAUAGAUACCAUCUCCAACCACCCCCUCCUCCUUCGCAACACGGGUAUCUGCAGGAUGCGUUUACCUCGUUCGUAGAUUUGGCCGUACAGCAACAACCAAUGACAGUACCACACAAGGAUGAGAACAAACGUACGAUCACGGAACAACAUCCACAGCUUUCCGUGGGAUCGAUUGGCGCACCUCCACCAAUUCAUCACCAUGAUAUAAGAUAUCAUCAUCCGAGCAUGCUUCAACUUCAUCAUCAGCAACAACAACAGCAACAACAACAGCAACAACAACAACAGCAACAACAACAACAGCAACAACAACAACAGCAACAACAACAGCAGCAACAACAACAGCAGCAACAACAACAACAACAACAACAACAACAACAACAACAACAGCAGCAACAACAACAACAACAACAACAACAACAACAACAACAACAACAGCAGCAGCAACAACAACAACAACAACAACAACAACAACAACAACAACAGCAGCAGCAACAACAACAGCAGCAGCAACAACAACAGCAGCAACAACAACAACAACAGCAGCAGCAACAACAACAACAACAUCAACAGGCGGCAGCGGCUGCAGCUGCCGCCGCUGUAGCUCAACAUCAUCAGCAGCUACGUCAUCAACAACAACGCCGACAUCAGCAGUCGCCGCUUCACCCAUCGCUUCAGCAGCUCACACCGAUACAACAGUUAGGGUACCAGCGAGAUCAUCAACCACCAUCACAUUUGGAUCAUCGCGACCGUCGCGAUGAAAUGCAUUUCCGCGAGCGCGCGGAGCUUGAACGUACUAUCAUGGUCGAACGUGCCGAACGUGAAAGAGAACGAGAACGUGAACGAGAGCGUGAACGUGAGCGCGAACGCGAGCGUGAAUGCGAACGAGUAAGAGAACGAGAACGCGAACGGGAACGCGAACGGGAUAAUCGUGAGCGGCGUGAUCAUCUCGAGCGUGAACGUGAACGGGACCGGGAACGAGAACGAGAACGAGAACGGGAACGUGAACGGGAACGGGAGCGCGAUCGGGAUCGUGAACGAAUGGAACGGCAUCAAGACGUCGACACGGAUCGGCGGCGAAAACAUCAUUAUGAAGGCUACAUGCCUGAACGUCGAGAAAGAGCAAUCGAUCUCGUACCUGGUCGAAACACCUCCGACGGCUCAUUAACGGCAGCAAACCUGAUAGAUGCAAUUAUAACCCACCAGAUAAGUCAAACAGCAGUGGAGCCUCCACCUUUGCCAACGAAUCGGGACACACAUCGCGCGACCUACCACCCAUCACGUGACCAUCGGGGACAAUAUGGUUUAAAUGAGAACAAUGGCAACAAAUCACAGUCGCCAAACGUGAUCAAUGUAGAUGUUGAUUCGGAAUCUACAGUUGUACAGCAGCACCAGACCCGAAGAGCAGACGGUGGUUUGGCUAGUGUUAACAAUGUCGGCGGCAUGAAAAAUAUUACUCUUGGUGAGCUGACCGAAUCGAUCAUUGCGAAAGAUUACUCACCAAAUCCGAAUCCGUACUUGGCACUGCGUCCACCGAUCGUACCUUACGGUGCUACUGCUACUGCAGCAACCGCUGGUCCUGAUGGAAUUCUCGUGACAGAUCAUUGGAAGCAUCGCCGCUCGACAACAGUUACUCCAUCUAUAAAAGAGGAAACCGUACAGCAGCAACAACAGUCGCAUGCGCAGGCCCAGACUCAGCAACAACAGUCACAACCACAGCCGCAGACGCAGUCACAAUCGCAGCCGGAACCGCAGUCACAUUCUCAGGCGCAAUCACAGCCGCAUCCACAGACGCAGCAGCAACAACAAACUUUGCAGCCACAGACACACACGCAGCAACAACAAAAGACACAGCAGCAACAGCCCCAGCAGCAGCAACCUCAACAGCAGCAACCACAGCACCAAACACAACAACAGCAACAAUCGCAGUCGCAACAACAACAGCGACAAUCGCAGUCUCAGCCGCAGUCACAGCCGCAGUCUCAGCCGCAGUCUCACCCGCAGUCACAGUCACAGCCGCAGUCUCAACCACAGUCACAAUCACAGUCACAGCCACAGUCUCAGCCACAGCCACAGUCUCAGCCGCAGUCACAGCCGCAGUCACAGCCGCAGUCUCAACCGCAGUCUCAGCCGCAGUCACAGUCACAGCCACAGCCACAGCCACAGCCACAGCCACAGCCACAGCUACAGCCACAGCCACAGCCACAGCCACAGUCACAGCCACAGCCACAGUCACAGUCACAGGCACAGGCACAGGCACAGGCACAGGCACAGGCACAGGCACAGUCACAGGCACAGCCACAGACACAGGCACAGUCACAGUCACAGUCACAGGCACAGGCACAGGCACAGUCACAGCCACAGCCACAGCCACAGACACAGACACAGGCACAGUCACAGAUACAGACACAGCCACAGACACAACCACAGACACAACCACAGACACAACCACUGCCCCAACAGUCGCCACAACAACAGCAGCAGCCGGGUCGAAAUACGCCACAAGAACGUCACAUCAUACGACUCGCACAGUCUCCUGGACCUAGAAAUAAAUUGCAUGAAUCAGUGUCUCCUGACGCACCUCCCUUCUUCCAUCCUGGCACUCCGAUGUCACGUGUUGGAAAUAAUGCCAAUACUGGAGGCGUGCGUGACAACUUUACUUUAGAUUUUUACGUCAAAAAUCGUAUUGUGGAAGCCAUGCGCACGCCAGACGACAAACGUACUUCUGAUUCAGCGAUAGCGGGCUUAGUUGAUAGCAGCAAUCGAUCAGAGCUGCAACAAUCGCCACGAAGCUUUCAAAAUCACUCACCUCAUCGCCAGUCGCCAGCACAGCACCAUGUCAAGGAUGUUGCCGUUGAUGGGAUCGGAACUCCGGUUUCAACUGCCGGCGAAGGAUCUCUGUCAGGUGCUAGCGAGGACACUGCUUCACGAAAUUCAAUAUCGUCAACAGUAGUUGUCACAACUGGAUGUACGGUUACGUCGAUAGUUAGCUCGUUAGCACAUAACACCUACCAUCAACAACCGAUAGCGUCGUUCACUACGCCACCAACGUACGCCUAUCCAUUUAGUGCGCUUACCGUAGCAGGUGGAGCGCCAACAAUGCCUGUAUCGAUAGUAGCUUCAUCGAGCGGCCAUGGCACAAUAUCUUCGUCAGUUCCCACUACGUCAACUGCGAUUAUUGGUAGUACAAGUGGUAGUUCACACAAUAUUGGAGGAACCUCUUCAGGAGGUGUCAAAUCAUCCAACAUAUUGCUAACGAGUGGUGCAGCUGUUACUAGCAACUCGGGAAUAAAUAACGGUGGUGGCAAAGAUGGUACAAGUGGUGUUGGUGUACUAAUAGAUGAUCGAUUAGUGUCUGUCGCAAUAGAACCGAAGCCGCUUCUAUCUGCCCAAUACGAGGCUCUUAGUGACGAGGAUUAGAGGCAGUAUUUUUGGUUUGGUGAUAACCUUUCUGCAGGGCUUUGUAAUAUCUUUCAUGAAUAUAUCAUAAUUUCAAGAUUUUGGUGCAAGAAAGUUAAGAUGAGAAUGCUACGCGUAAUAUCUAGAUUACCUGAUACAGUGUUUUUAUAAAGGCUUUGUUAAAAAGGAAUGAUGUUAUUCUGUUCUUGUCUUUAUCCUUCAUCAUGGUUUUUCGAUCGCUUCGUUUCAUAAUCAUUUUUUCUAUUCCUGCGUUAUCAUUGAAGCGCUAAGGAAACAACAUUUCUUAUCUAGAGUCCAGAUACUGCAAAGUACGAUUUAUUCUAUCCUAAUUUUUGUGUCCUUUCAAUUUAAUGUACUAAAUUGAUUUGUUGGACAUUAUGUAUUCAUAGGAGCAAGUUUGCAUUGAGGAUACAGUGUAAUGAGUGGCAUACAGAAUAAUUCAUACAAUGACAAGGAAUCCCAUUCAGAUAACAUUACAUAAAAAAUAAACUAACUCAUAGAAGUGAAAACAUUUGUUUAAAACAACAUUAACAUUUGUCGUCAUUUGUGAGAUUUGAGAGAUGUUGCGACAUGUUGCAAAAAAUUCAUGUUGGCACUUUUGCCACCGAAAGUGAGAAAUACUUAUACUCACUUUCUAAUACGUAACAUGCUCGAAAUGAAAAAGAAAUGAAUAUCGUCUCAGAUUAUCAAAAAAGUCUGCGAAAUGCUCUGUAAUUGUUUAAUACCUGCCUGCAUACUUCAAAGAACAACGAUUGGAAGAAAUCAUCAGAGAUUGAACUGUGCAUUCAGCUCUUCAUCAGCAAAGAUAUCAAUGAAACCAAAUUGCAUUUUAAUUUUCCUCGUUGCUAAACCUUAUCAAAAAUUGUUUUCAAUUUGUAUGCGUUUUCCGUUUUCCCUAUUUGUUCAAUUUAUGUGACAAAAAAGAAAAAAAAUGGGAACAGCGGUGCUGUUUCAUGGAUCCUCGUGAUAUUUUUCCUUUUUGUGUAAUAAACAUAAGUCAAUCGUUAUUUGAUACUAGUUGCUGAGUUAUUGGAAUAUUCUACAGCAAUUCAUACAUUUGCAGCUUAUUUCUUUUGCCUCUGUUCAUUUCACAUAAUCCAAAUUAUUGGUACUCUUGUAGUAAAAAUCUAGGAACAACCGAAAUAAUAAAAGAUUAUCGUGAUUAACGAAUGCUUAUUAAACCAAAUCUAACGAAUCAACAGAAAAAAUCACAUAGUAGUUCAGGUAAUACAAUUUGCACAUAAGAAGAAGUACAAUACAUUACACAACUCGCAUAUAGCAGGCAAAAUAUGAGACAGGAAUCUGUAUAAUGGAGCAAAAUGUAAGAACUCCCAAGCAACAAUGUUAUUUCCACACAGCUGCAUACUUUAUGUAUUUUAAUUAUCAAUCAUUUAUUUCAAAAUCAGAUACAAUUUUCCGCAAGAAGAAAGACCGAUUGUUUUUAGACAUAUGGUACAAGUAGUACACAGCAAGAAACCUUCACUUUAUACAAUGCUAAACCAUAUUCUUUCCAUUACUCACUUCUUACGGGUUUACAAGCAUCGGCUUCACGUUAUCCAAUUUAUGUAGUGCUGUUGCUAAAGCUGAUGACGAAUGGGUCUGCGUUCCGUACCAAUAAUCAUUUUCCUUCUUUCUUUCAGUUCCUUUAAUUCCUUUAAAAAACGAUUGAGAUAAGACGAAGUUUGUGGUGAAAAUCCGAGAUGGUAUGAGAUCCAAGGUCAUUAUUUUUAUAUUGUUUUCAGUGCUAUGGUUGCGAACUCAUUUUGCGUACCGAAUAUCUGUGUAUACAAUAUACAUGGAUGGGGCAACGUAGUAAAAAACACACCGAAUCAUAUAAUUGUGUACAGUAGGAACAACAGGGCUGUUAUUGUCGAGGAAAGAUAAUUUCGUUUAUUGUGCUCUAAUAUAUGUAUUAAAUUACCCUUUUUUAAGUUUUAAAUAUAUUAUAAACUACUAUUAUUGAAUAUGAUAUGGUAACUAAAGGCGGGAAAAAGCAAAAAUAUUGCACAAUAGAAUGUAAGGUGCGAUAGCUACUAUGAAGAAGAAGUGUGAAUGUGUUUGAGAUGAACAACGUGAGAAAAACGGACAAAGAGGGGAUGAACCUUCAGAAAGGAAAACAAACAAUGGAUCAUCUAAAAUAUUGUUAGGAAAAGAAAUUGUAGUUCGACGAUACAGUAGAAAACGUCGUGGCUAAGCAAAAAAGAAAACAAAAACAAAUAAAACGAUAUGAUAUGAACAUAAGAUUGAGUAGAUAGUGAGAUAAUACAUAAUGAAAAUUAAACAAAUAAUGAAAAUACAAAGACA